UACUCCAGUCCGGAGCUCCGAGCUGCCGGCCGCACGCUCUCUCGCCCCGCCCUGCUUAGUUUCGGGGCGGCAGGCUGGGCCUGCGCAGUCGCGGCGGCAGAGGAAGAUGGUGGAGGACGGCGCUGAGGAGCUGGAGGACCUGGUGCACUUCUCUGUGUCCGAGUUGCCUAGUCGCGGCUACGGCGUCAUGGAGGAGAUUCGACGGCAGGGCAAGCUGUGCGACGUGACGCUCAAGAUUGGGGACCACAAAUUCAGUGCUCACCGGAUCGUCUUAGCAGCCUCAAUCCCGUACUUCCACGCUAUGUUUACAAAUGACAUGAUGGAAUGCAAGCAGGAUGAGAUUGUAAUGCAAGGAAUGGACCCAAGUGCCCUGGAAGCUCUGAUCAACUUUGCCUACAACGGCCACCUUGCCAUUGACCAACAAAAUGUCCAGUCGUUGCUGAUGGGGGCGAGUUUCCUGCAACUGCAGAGCAUUAAAGACGCCUGCUGCACAUUCCUCCGAGAACGGCUCCAUCCCAAAAACUGCCUGGGUGUGCGCCAGUUUGCUGAGACAAUGAUGUGUGCCGUGCUGUAUGAUGCAGCCAACAGCUUCAUCCACCAGCACUUUGUGGAGGUGUCCAUGUCGGAGGAAUUCCUGGCCCUGCCCUUGGAAGAUGUGCUUGAGCUGGUCUCUCGGGACGAGCUGAAUGUGAAAUCAGAAGAGCAGGUCUUUGAGGCAGCAUUGGCCUGGGUCAGAUACGACCGGGAACAGAGGGGGCCCUACCUGCCUGAGCUGCUGUCCAAUAUCCGCCUGCCCCUCUGCCGGCCCCAGUUCCUGUCAGACCGAGUGCAGCAGGAUGAUCUGGUGCGUUGCUGCCACAAAUGCAGGGACCUGGUAGAUGAAGCAAAGGACUAUCACCUCAUGCCAGAGCGCCGGCCCCACCUGCCAGCUUUCAGAACUCGGCCCCGCUGCUGCACGUCCAUCGCUGGGCUCAUCUAUGCUGUGGGGGGCCUCAACUCAGCAGCAAAUUUUUAUGCAGGUGAUUCCCUGAAUGUGGUGGAAGUGUUCGAUCCCAUCGCCAAUCGGUGGGAGAAGUGCCAUCCCAUGACCACAGCCCGCAGCCGUGUCGGUGUGGCCGUGGUGAACGGGCUCCUCUAUGCCAUUGGUGGGUACGACGGCCAGCUGCGGCUGAGCACUGUGGAGGUCUACAACCCAGAGACGGACACGUGGACCAGAGUGGGGAGCAUGAAUAGCAAGAGAAGUGCCAUGGGGACAGUUGUGCUGGAUGGACAGAUUUACGUCUGUGGAGGCUAUGAUGGCAACUCUUCUCUCAACUCUGUGGAGACCUACUCACCUGAGACAGACAAGUGGACAGUGGUGACCCCGAUGAGCUCAAAUCGCAGUGCUGCAGGGGUUACGGUCUUUGAGGGCAGGAUAUACGUGUCAGGAGGCCAUGACGGUCUGCAGAUCUUCAACAGUGUAGAGCACUACAACCACCACACGGCUACCUGGCACUCGGCAGCUGGCAUGCUCAACAAGCGCUGCCGGCACGGAGCCGCCUCCUUGGGGAGCAAGAUGUUUGUCUGCGGAGGCUAUGAUGGCUCAGGCUUCCUCAGCAUCGCCGAGGUGUACAGCUCUGUGGCAGAUCAGUGGUGCCUGAUAGUCCCCAUGCACACACGCCGAAGCCGAGUCUCCCUGGUGGCCAGCUGUGGGCGCCUCUACGCUGUGGGGGGCUAUGACGGACAGUCGAACCUAAGCUCUGUGGAGAUGUACGACCCAGACACGGAUCGCUGGACGUUUAUGGCCCCCAUGGCGUGUCACGAGGGAGGGGUCGGUGUGGGCUGCAUCCCUCUCCUCACCAUCUAAGAGAGAAGGUGGAAUGUGGUGGGGUAGGGUCUAGUACAAACAUGGGCACUUCCUUCCAGGGACAGUCCCCCUUGGGAGAGGUGGUGGACCAGAAGACGGGGUGAAACAUGAGCUCGCCGGAGGUACAGUUUUUCCAGGUGCUUAAAUCCUCCCUUAUGACCUUCAGGCCUAGGUCAUCAAGAUGCACAGCGUGGGACAGAAGCUCCUCUGGGUCCCGCAGUCGGUGACAUGAGGCCGCUUUGCUGGUCCACACAUCCACAGGCUCCAUCCAAGCCCAGCUGCCACCUACACAGCUCUGUGGGCUGCCCACCCACAGAGGACCUUCCAUCUGACACUCCUUGCCCCCUGCUCACCAGCCGUGUCGUGGCCAGUUUGCGAUGGGGUGGCUGUAGUGGCCAAGCCUAUUGGAAACUGUGGGUGUGGCUGGAAAAGGAGGGACUCGGGCCAGGUGUCCUCACUGCCAGCAAGGCUGCAGCCACAGUGGUGCUGGUUGUACACAGGCACCUCCUCCUUCCAUCCAAGGGCACUGAGGAUUUUGUCUGCAUUGCUAAGUAAGCAGGGAGAACAGAAGCUUUUCCUGUGUCUAAUUUUAGGAUUUCAGUGAGAUCUCUUUCAUCUUAUUCAGAAAAAAACAGAGGGAGAGAAAAAAAAAGAUACUUGAAAGAAACUGAAGGAAAGUUAAAGAGACACUUGAAAGAAAUUGGAAAGAAAAAUACUUUUUUUUAAAGUGAGCAUUUUUUUGCAAGAAAACCUAAAAGACACUAAAGGCAAACAUGUGUUUAAAUGGAAAAACCACCUGAAAAGGACAGUACCUGCUCCCACAUUCGGAUCCCAGGGUCCCGAGGCCUCACAUGGCACUCGGGGUUCCCUCUGAGCCCUGCCUGUCCAGGAUCAGUGCACUCUCAACCAGUCCUGUAGAAGGUGCUCAUGGGGUUUGUCUUCACACCCACUAUCAGAGGACUUUUUUAAUCGUAGGCUUAGCAGGUUGGCAAAGUUAUUGCCGCUCUUCUAGGUGGGAGCUCCCAGCUUGUCUCUGGGGGCUCCAUGUAUCCCUGUGGUUACAUCCCACUGUCACCACAGCACUCAUGCAGAUUCCCACUCCCACUUUCAUUUCUUCCUUAUUUGACCAGCAGGAAACAGCAGGUCUGGCCAGAUUCUCAUUUGCCACUCAAUCAUCCUUGGAUAAUUUUCCUCAUCAUGUUGCUUCUGAGGCACGUCAACCAUUUGUACCUCUAGAACCUAACCAGGGACUUGGUCCUUCCACCAGCCACAGGGUGGCUUGGUCUAGUAACCUCAUCCACCCCUGCCAGUCCACUGCUCCCCCAUCCACUCGCCAAUUUCAAGGGUCUGCUCCCCCGGCUCCAGCCUUUGGCAGACCAACCAGCAAGGUGGACCUUUACAUUCUAGCAAGGCUGGCUUUAUGACAUAAAGAACUAAAGGCCUAAAGAAUCUCUUGCUGCUGCAAAGAACAGAUUUUAUAUUUCUUCCUAUGAUCUUAGCAAAUGACCUCUUGAAGAGACUCCAUUCUCCUCCUUCCUCCCUGGAUGGGACCUUGAUGUAGUCCAGCGGGAUCCCAACAGGAGGACACUUGUGUUACCAGUGCACCGGGCAGUGGGGCUGUCCUUCAAUUGCUGCUGCCAAAAAACCUGGUUUCCUAAAAUUCUUCCAGUAGACUGAAAAAGGAUACAGUUCCAAUGCAACACUGGCUGUUAGGGUCCCAGUCUCCACUUCGUUGGUCUCCUUGCCUGUUGCUGCCUGCCUGGGUGGCCUGGAAACCUGUUUGGAAAGGCACAGCAUGGCACCCGAGAUGUCUCUCCCACCCUGGGACCACAAGGUUCACCAGUAUGUGCAAUCGCCAUGUAUCCAGAGGGAAGUACCUUUGUUACCUGCCACUUAAGAGCUGGGCCUCUGCUAUAAGCACUUGAAAAUGAUAUUUUUUAUUUUAAAGACUUACCAAUCUGAUAUAGUUUAGCCUGGGCUCGUGGUGGAGCUCUGGCAUUUCUCGCUUCCUCUCAGUUUGCCUGCAGAGGUAGAUGUGGAAGGAGAGAGGAGUCUGCAUUUCCUGUUAGAGAGGAAUCAGUGCUCGUCUUCUUAUUAUAAGCCCCUUUCUUUUGUGAAUUUGAAGCUGCACUGACAAGCCAGGGUUGUGAAUGUGUUCAGACUCAGCAAGUGGGCCUCACCAGGUCAUUAGGAUGCUGACCCAGAUUUUCCCAUUGGGACUGAUAGAUCAUUUUCCCAUGAUCUGCGGCUCCAGUAGGGGUCUUCCUACGUCCACUUCCACCUCCUGGUGUAGAAGUUACACUGCUGCACCUGAGGUCAGUGUUUCCAAGUAAGGUGAAGCCAGUGUUUUGACCUGGCUCUGAGCACAAGUGAGCACAAAUACCAACAUUUUCACACACUCCAUAGUGAUUUCCUCCAUCUGGUGAUGACUGUUUACAGGUGGCUGGUCUGGCCCUUUGGUGUUGGAUCCUUUCCAGUAACACCAUGAAAAGAAGAGACACUUCCCAAGGAUAUCAUGAAAAGGGUGUAGGACAGAUGCUAUGGACUGUGGGCCACAGGGUCCAGCCCAGCUCUGAGCAUUAGCUGUCCUGGGGUGUCUCCCCUCUUAGAUAACACAAGGAGCCUUCUCUUCUGGGUUUCAUCUGAGAGCAAAGCCAGGAUGGGAGCUGAAGACCAGCCUUUUGACUUGGCCACAGAGAUGUGAGUAGGUAGGAAUUCUGAUCCUCGUUCCCAAUUUAUUGUUUCCCAGAAAAUCUUAUUUCCUUCUAUUUAUGGAACGCAUGUCUUUUGUGUUAAGAAACCAAAGAAAAAUAAAGAGUACGCUCCUAAUGUU